AUGGCUGUUGAUCAUUACUCCAAGCCACAUAAGAGAUCUGGUCACAGAACCGCUCCAAAGUCCAAAAAUGUCUACUUGGCCUCUUUGGUCAAGUUGUUCGGUUUCCUUGCUCGUCGUACUGACGCUGCAUUCAACAGGGUUGUUUUGAGACAAUUAUUUUUGUCUAAAGCUAACAGACAGCCAGUCUCUGUCGCCAAGAUUGUUAGAACUUUGAAACAGGAAGAUGCUUCUAAGAAGAUCAUUGUCGUUGUCGGUACUGUUACCGAUGACUUGAGAUUGCAUUCUUUCCCUAAGGCUACUGUUGCUGCUUUGAGAUUCACUCGGGGUGCCAGAACCACUAUCGAGAAGAACGGUGGUGAAGCUCUUACUUUAGACCAGUUGGCUACGAGAGCUCCUACUGGUGCUAAUACCUUGAUUGUCAGAGGUCCAAAGAAGGCUAGAGAGGCUUAUAGACACUUUGGUAUGGGUCCACAUCAGCACAAGGCUCCAAGAAUUAUGUCUAAGGGCAGGAAAUUCGAGAGAGCUAGAGGUAGAAGGAGAUCUAGAGGUUUCAAGGUUUGA